GCAAGAAAAUUUUAUAAACUCAUCAUAGAAAAAGAAGCAAACUUUCAUGACUCUGUCAUUACAAUUAAAUCCAACUAUACUAACAUGGCAUGCAAAGGAACAUUAUAAUUAACCAGUCAACAACCAUAGACUAUCUACUCGACCCCGCACCUAUUAAAACGGACUCUAACAAGUGUUAUCCCUCACCUAUGGAAUUGCUCCUGAAAAUUCAGUUGCCUGAAUCCUGAAAACUUGGUCUCCAUCAAGUAAUAACAGAAACAGACUUUCUUUGCCAAGCUGCAAACCUUUCUCUCCAUUGCCGGCCAGGUGCACAAUAGUCUGAGUAAGCCUUUGAACAUCAAUAUCCCUAUGGACAUAGCCUCCAAACUCACAUUGCUGGUUGGCAUACUUCUCGCUUUGGUCCUACUCACCCAUGCUCAAUCAUGCUCAAAUUUUACCUUUCCAAAUAACCAAGUCUUUGAUUCCUGCAUCGACCUUCCGUCGCUGCAAGCUCAACUCCACUGGAACUACUCUGCCUCCACAAGAAGCAUUCACAUAGCAUACAAAACCAACCAAGCCCCUACGGGAUGGAUUGCAUGGGCAAUCAACCCAACUGGAACAGGCAUGGUUGGAUCACAGGCAGUAGUUGCUUUUCAAAAUUCUGAUGGAAGCAUGACUGCUUAUCCAACUCCAGUAACCAGUAUGAACCCAUCAAUGCAACCUGAUACUCUCAGCUUUAAGGUUUCCAACAUCUCUGCAACCUAUUAUAACAAUGAGAUGACCAUCUUUGCUAUUGUUGGCCCACUAGAAAAUGGAACUACUGUUAAUCAUGUCUGGCAGGCUGGUGAUUCAGUUUCAAAUGGCAUCCCUCAGGCUCAUGCACUUUCAGGACCAAAUCUUCAAUCAAUGGGAAGAAUAAGUUUUCUUUCAUGAUAGAAGCAGACAGUGGUAGAGGCCAGAAUUCCAGCAUGUCCACGCACAUGUUUACCCCUCUGUGUCAGUAUAUCCACAAAUAUUCAAGAACUCUGGUCAGUUGUUCUGUCAUCAACCUCAUUAUGAGUAAAAUGUUUUUUGUCUUUGUAAGCAAUAUAAUAGCUUAUGUUCUGUGGAUGUGUUUAAUUUCAGAAUGAAUGGGAAAGGAGUCGAGUAGCUAUUCAAUGACUAAUGAAUAGCUAUUCCUCACUUGCAUUUGAAACUUGUACCUCAAAAAUUUUACAAAAUUUACUGUGUUUAAUAAUUAUUAUACAGUUUAAACUUUAA